AUGUCAGAAACAUUAUCAAGGCUAAUAUCAUUAACAGCCGGAACUCUUUAUCCAGCUUAUAAGAGUUAUAAGGCGGUAAGAACUAAAGAUGUCCGCGAGUAUGUUAAAUGGAUGAUGUACUGGAUUGUCUUUGCUGUUUAUUGUUUUGUUGAGAACAUUGCCGAUGUUUUAGUUGCAUUUUGGUUUCCAUUUUAUUUCCAAUUGAAAAUCGUUUUUAUGUUCUGGCUCCUCAGCCCAUGGACUAAAGGUGCUUCGAUUCUUUAUCGCAAGUGGAUCCACCCAAAUUUGAUGCACUAUGAACGAGAUAUUGACGCCUUCUUAGAGCAAGCCAAAUCAGAAAGCUAUAAUCAAAUUGUUCGAAUCGGAAGCCGGACCCUAUUAUGUGCGAAAGAUAUAGUAACAGAAGCAGCCGUUCGUGGGCAACAGCAACUAGUAAACCAACUGCAAAGAUCACAAAGCAUGAAUGACGUUAAUACUAAAAAAUCUAUCAGACCUUCCAUCGAAGAGAUACAAGAAGAAGAUCAUCAUGAUCCUGAGUAUGAUCCAGACCAGGAUGUUUCUAGCAGCGAAGAUAGUACAAGAAGGAGACGCCGUUCCAGUUCACGGUCCCGAGCUCUUGAAGGCUCUGAACACUCAUACUCGGCCACAAUGCCAAGAAGAAACCCUUCACGUCGUCUUUAA